AAUGAAAAAUAUAAGUCUGGAAAUAUAAAAUAUUUUAUUUAAAAAAUGGCGACUACUUCAAACAAUAGUGUUGCUGACAUGACAACAAUAAGCGAAAUAGACGAAGAUGGAAUAAACUAUAAUUUAAGACUUCGAUAUUCUAAUGAUAUAAUAUAUACAUACUCUGGAACGAUAUUAAUCGCUGUAAAUCCAUACAAAUGUAUUAAUAUUUUUAAUAAGGAUUAUGUUCAGCAAUACCACAUGGCCAAAAUGGGGUCAUUAGAUCCCCAUGUUUUUGCAUUAGCUGAAGCUGCCUAUAGAAGCAUUGUUGAAGAAAAAAUUAAUCAGUCAUGCCUUAUUUCUGGAGAAUCUGGAGCUGGAAAGACAGAGUCAACAAAAUUUGUUUUACAAUACUUGUGUGCCAUCACAUCUAAUGUUUCGUCUUGGAUUCAACAACAAAUAUUAGAAGCGAAUACCAUAUUGGAAGCAUUCGGCAAUGCUAAAACUAUUCGUAAUGACAAUAGUUCCCGGUUUGGAAAAUUUAUGCAAGUCUGCUUCAAUGAGAAACACACUAUCGAAGGUUGCGUAAUACAAGAUUAUUUACUAGAGCAAUCACGGAUAACAUUUCAAGGACCAGGAGAACGAAAUUAUCACGUUAUGUAUCAAUUAGUAGCGCAAGGACAAACAAACAAGGAAAUGCGAGAAAAUUUUUGCUUAAGACCUCCAGAAUUUUAUAGAUAUUUAAAUACCAUUGAAGAUAUUUCAGUGGACAUAAACUUAGAAUCAAGGAAAUUCAAUGAACUAACGAUGGCUCUUACUGUAUUGCAAAUUCCACAGUCAGAUAUAGAUUGUAUUUUUAAGGUCUUAAGUUCUAUAUUAUGGUUGGGUAAUAUCGAAUUUAUGGAUAUAGACGGUGAACGAUGCGAGUUUUCCAAAACUGAUGAAGAAAUUAUUGUCAUAUUAUCUAAAAUGAUGGGUCUCAGCACUAAUGAGCUUCAAAUGGUCCUAUUGCUACGCCAGAUAAACGUGCGAGGAAACAUAACGGAAAUACCAUUAAAGCUCCAUGAAGCUAGAGAAAAUCGACAUGCGAUGGCUAGAGCCUUGUACUCUAAAACUUUUACUUGGCUUGUAAAUAAAAUAAACAUAUGCACAAGUCCUGGAAAAGAUUUUAAUCAAUUUCUAGGAGUUCUUGAUAUUUUCGGUUUCGAGAAUUUUACAAGGAAUUCAUUCGAACAACUUUGUAUUAACUAUACGAAUGAAAAGUUGCACAAAUUCUUUAAUCAUUACGUCUUUGCGUUGGAACUUUCAAUAUAUAAGCAAGAAGAUAUAAAUUAUACUCACGUUGAGUUUACAGAUAACUCAUUAUGCUUGGAGCUUAUAGAAAAACCUCCCCGGUGCAUAUUCAAACUUCUCACUGAACAAUGUCACAUGCCCAAGGGAUCGGAUUCAGCGUACUUGAAUAAUCUGCAUGCGGAAUUCGAAUACAAUCCUAUGUACAUAAAGGGUUUAGAUCGUCGUCAUUGGGAAACAGAGUUUGGUAUUAGACACUACGCAGGAAAAGUAAUUUAUUCAGUAGAGGGAUUUGUUGAUAAAAAUCGAGAUAUGCAACAAGAUGUUCUUUUUGAUUAUAUGAGCCGCAGUGAACACACAUUUCUUUGCGAUCUUGCUAAAAGCCAGGAUCAAUCGUGCUCUAAUUUAAUACCUAACGUUUCAACCAACCAACGGGGUACAAGUAAAUCCAAAUCUACAGUCAGCGAUCAAUUUCGUCAACAAUUACAGUCUUUGAUCGACGUACUCCAGAAUACAAAACUAUGGUAUAUUCGAUGUAUAAAACCAAAUUCUCUUAAACAAGCAAAUAUAUACAAUGAGUCCUUAGUUCUCGAUCAAUUGAGGUACCUUGGAAUUUUGGAUAUAAUUCGAAUUAGACGCGAAGGCUUUCCAAUUCAUCUGACUUUCUCAGAAUUCAUAUCAAAAUAUAAAUGUGUGAUAAGAAAUAAAACAUUUUCAAAUAGCCUUAAUGACAUACUGCUUGUAUUAAAAGAGCUUAAAGUCCCUGAAACUGAGUGGCAAAUUGGCAAAACAAAAAUAUUUUUAAGAAGCUCUGCAAUUGAGCCGUUGGAGGAUGAAAGAAAAAGGAUAAGAUGUGCCAACUCAAUAAUUAUACAGAAAAACUGGAGACGUUACUUAAACAAUAAGUAUUAUAUGCAUGUAAAGAAAUCUAUACUUAUUAUACAGCACGCGUAUAGGGGUUGGAAAUUGCGAAUUAAAUUUUUAAGAAUACGUCGAAGCGUAAUAAUAAUACAAAGUCGAUUACGUGGUGUAUUUGCAAGAGAGGUGGCAACUGCUUUACGUGAAAUGCGUCGUGUAGAUGAAGAAAUGAAAAAACGCGAAAGAAUCACAUUUGAAACUCCUACGAAUGAUUAUAAGGCAAUUGAAGAUUGCGAGAGAUUAGUACAAACAGAAAUGAAAGUGCUUACUAAUAUGGCGGAACACAUGAAUAAUAGUAUAGGAAAAUCAAUAGACAAAAACACGGUUUCUGAAAAUAAUUCUACUGAAGAUGGAUCUGCGCAAAACAUAGAUACGGUGGAUUUAGAUAAUUUGUUUGCAUUCUUGACAGAUGGAACAACCGUGCCAACUAAUUCAGUAAUUGAAGAAAUUAAUGACACUAUGAGUAGUUUGGUACAGGAUCUUGAUGGCGAAAUUGAAACUUGCAUGCAAAAGGAACCAUUAAAUUACUUAGACGAUCAAAAGAAGAAUAUAUUACCAACUUCAUCACUUCCUGAACCUUUAAUGGCUCCACCUCCACCUCCAAUAAAUAGCAUCGAAACUAGAUCUCGAAAUUUGAAACCGGAACCCAUAUAUGAAGCACUGACACAUUCAAAUGAAAGCAAACAUACUUCAGAUAUAAAUAUAGCUUUACCUUUAUCCACACGAGAAAAAGAAAACGGGAUAAAACUGACAGUAUCACCAACACUUGUAGAAAAUGAACGUGAACAAAGAAGAAAGUUCAGAGUUGAAAAAAAACUACUAGAAAUGCAUCAAAAUGAAAUUCAAAAUGAGGUCUACAACAAUGACUCACGCUAUAAUAUUUUGAAUUUUGCCGAACAUUUUUUUAAUGCUCACGAACGUUUCGUAGAUGGAACUUUAAUUUCCACAAUAACUAGAAAAGGCAAGAAAGCUAUGGAUCUCGUGCCAAAACAUGAAAUGAUUACAUUUACUAGAUCUGAAAAAAUUGCAACAUCACAUAUACACAUGUAUGAUCCUGAAAACAUUUCUCUAUCUUGUAAUAUAUUUCGAGAACUUUCUAAAUAUAUGCGUGGUGAACAAAAUGCGGAACGUGAGCUGCAAAGCAUUCAAUAUAUCAUCGGCUUGGGUAUUGAAAGAGAAGAAUUGAGAGAUGAAAUUUUUGUGCAAUGCAUGCGACAAACAACAAAUAAUCCCAAUUUGGAGUGGACGGACCGUUUGUGGCUUCUAAUGUGUCUGACAAUAGUUGCUUUCCAACCAAGUAAAUUAUUAUUUAGAUAUUACUUUUCAUUUUUGAAAGAAAAACUGGAAGUUCUGGAUGGAAAACUAAGGCAGUAUGCUCAGUGGUGUUUCGAUAAUUGUAAAUGUACAAAAGUAUCGACGCGAUUACAACCACCUUCAAGUGUAGAAGUUGCUGCUAUGAGACGACUCGGCACAAUUGUCUGUCGAUUUUUCUUUUUAGAUUCUCGAACAAAGGCUAUUGACGUUCAUCCCACAGAUACAGCUAUCGAUGCAGUACAGAAGCUUGCAGAUAAACUUAAUUUGGCAUCAAUUGAAGGUUGGGCAAUAUUCCAAUCCCGUCCAGAUGGCGAAGAGCAUAUAAAAAGCUUUGAAUAUUUAUAUGAUAUUAUCUCUGAAUGGGAGUCUAAGCAAAACUCGCCUAAUAGCUACAAAAGACUUUCAAAUGCUUCUACUUACGGGGAAAAUAGAUUUGUCUUUAAAAAAAGAUUGUUCAAACCAACUCGAGAAUUAUCCCAGGAUCCUGUUGAAGUUGGAAUGUUGUACGCCCAAGCAGUAUACAGUAUUGUAAAGUGUGAUGAAUUUCCAGUAAGUGAAAAAGUUGCUUUACAAUUAGCUGGUUUGCAAGCACAGGUAGCACUUGGGGAUCCAUCUAAUCAGCCGAAGCCUGAGUAUUAUUGUGAUAUCAAUAGCUUUUUACCAAACCGAAUUUCUAAAACAAGAGAACAACAGUUUUGGAUACCGAUUCUUGCUCAAGCACAUCGACAAUAUGGAUCAUCAAGAAAUGAAUUAACUGCUAAAGUGUUGUACUUAAGUUGUGUUAUGCAAUACCCACUUUACGGAACAACCAUGUUUAACGUAAUUUAUAAAGGAUAUUGGAGUUUUGUCAAUAAUAUAAUUUUAGGAAUCAAUUGUGAAGGAGUUUUAUUCAUUCAACCUGAAGAUAAAGUCAUUAUAUAUCAGUUUAAAUAUACAGAUAUAGAAUCAAUUUUAAUAGAUCCAAGUGAUAGUUUUCUUACAAUAUCUCUCAAUCGCACUACUAACCAAUCGCCCAGACUUACGAAAGAUGAUAGCAUUUUUCUGGAUUUGCAAAAAUGUUUUGUAUUUGAAACAGUACAAAAGCAUGAAAUUGGCGCUCUUAUUAUUUCAUAUUACCCAUCAUUAUCAAAUUGGAUAUUAAGUAAUUUUGAUUGCACUAAAAAAGGAAAAGGAAUCACCAAUGAAGAUAGAACAAGAUUGUAUCAAAAUGUUAUUAUAUGCCGCAGGCAAUUAAUAGACUUGAAUAUAGUGCGAAAACCUCAUGAAUCAGGCGGUUUCUUACGAAACACGCUGAGACGCCUAUCUAAGCAUCGUAUCGAAAAAUUACGAGCAGAACAAAGGACAAGUCCUCAAGACCACGGAGAAACAUAUAAAGGAUUUUCUCAUUCAUUUUGGGCAUUCAGUAAACAGCAACUCACUUUUUGUCUAAGCUCAUUGACGGAUCAAGAUGAAACAACAAUGGUUCAAAUAUUUGAUUCAAUAUUACAAUUUUCCGGCCUUGGAAUAUCAGGCGACACAAUAAAGCGAGCGGAGGAUGAGCAUACACGUAUAGUACAAUCCAUUAUGGAUAAAUGCAUGAGAAAGGAUUCUCUCCUAAAUGAACUUUAUCUUCAACUUAUUAAACAAACUACGGAUCACCCUGAUGCUAACUCAAGGGUAAACCUGCGAAAUUGGGCUUUAUUGUCUGUUGCAUGCAGUGUUAUAUUGCCAUCUACAAAAGUUAUUCGAAAAUACUUGAUGGCACAUUUAAAACGGUGUUCUAGUGAUUUCAUAUCUGAAGAAGGAAAGUAUGCCAGAUUUGCAGAAAAGUGUUUUCUAAGGACCCAAGGAACAAGGCGUCGACAAUGGACCCCGAGCUGUGAAGAGAUAUUAUGUACGACAAAUCGAAGGCCAUGCUAUUCAAAAGUCUUUUUUAUGGAUGGACAAUAUUAUUCGUUUGAGUUUCAUCCCAGCUCAACGGCCGGUGACGUUAUUCAAAUAAUUAAAAAAACAAUCGGCCUACAGGAAAAUUCUUUAGGAUAUGCAUUGUAUGAAAUGUUGGGGAAUACUGAAAGAAGUUUAUCAAAUGAAGAGAAGGUUUGUGAUGUAAUGGCAAAAUGGGAGCGGUAUCGCAGUGUAUCCAAAAAGGAUUAUCAUCCAUCGCCUCACCAUCAAAAUAUAUCAAGAUAUAUGAUCAACAGUUCUAUGCAACCCCAACAACAUCAGGCAUUUUUAUUUAAGAAGCAUUUGUUUUGUGAUGCUUAUAUCAAUCUGGAUGACGCAAUAGAAAAAGAAUUACUUUAUCAUCAAAUAUUACAUUCUCUAAGAAGUGAACGAUAUCCUAUAACCGAAAUGGAAGCUAUAAUGCUUACUGCCCUUCAAGCGCAAUUGGAACUUGGAGAUUAUUCUGACAAUGUCAAUGACUACGGAUCUGUUGCCAGUCAUUGUUUACCACCACGGUUCGUACCAAAUAUUCCUCAUGGAGCCGUUGCGAUGCAUCACCAAAGUUUAAAAGGAAUGUUGCCGGUAGAAGCGAAAAAAGCAUUCUUGAACUUAAUACAAAGUUGGCCGCUUCAUCGUGCAACAAUUUUUGACGUAAUGCAAUCUUUUACUUCUAAUUGGCCGAGGAUGUUGUGGUUAGCAGUUGAUCAAAAUGGUAUCCAUUUACUAGAGCACAGAUCACGAAAUAUUUUAUGCUCACAUGAAUAUGAAUCUUUGAUAUCAUUUUCGCCUAAUAUGAAUUCACUGAUGAUUUUUACUGGAACGGAAAAGAAGCAAUCUAAAGUUAUUUUAAGUACAUCUCAGGCUUUCCAGAUAGCAACGCUUAUAAAUGAAUACUCUGAAAUAGUGAAAAGGCGAUGAAUUCCCAUUUAAAUCAAUAAAUUGUCACACCAACGUGUUCCAUAUAUUAAGACGAUCAGUUAAAAUUGGACCUUAUAGCUAAUUAUUAAUAAAAAUUGUAUUAUUUAAUAAAGAAA